CACAGGACCCUCCAACGACCAAGAGCUCCACAGUUCCUCAAAACACAACGAAACCAAUGACAACUACCCCAGAGCCACCUCUAUUUCAGAAUUUCAGUGGCUACCAUAUUGGAGUUGGGCGAGCUGACUGCACAGGACAAGUAGCGGAUAUCAAUCUGAUGGGUUAUAGCAAAUCUGGGCAGAAUGCAAGAGGCCUCCUCACGCGGUUGUACAGCCGUGCUUUCAUCAUGGCAGAGCCUGAUGGGUCAAAUCGAACGGUGUUUGUCAGUGUUGACAUAGGCAUGAUAUCACAACGACUCAGGCUAGAGGUCCUGGACAGACUGAAGAGUAAAUAUGGCUCCCUUUACAGAAGAGACAACGUCAUCCUGAGUGGUACUCACACACACUCUGGUCCUGCGGGAUAUUUCCAGUAUACUAUCUUUGUGUUAGCCAGUGAGGGAUUUAGCAAUCGAACUUUUCAGUACAUGGUCACAGGCAUCAUGAAGAGCAUUGAGAUAGCACACAGAAAUUUGAAACCAGGCAAAAUAUUUAUCAAUAAAGGAGUGGUGGAUGGUGCCCAGAUCAACCGAAGCCCUUCUUCUUACCUUCAGAAUCCACAGUCAGAGAGAGCAAGGUAUUCUUCAAACACGGACAAGGAAAUGGUAAUCUUGAAAAUGGUAGACUUGAAUGGUGAUGAACUGGGCCUUAUAAGCUGGUUUGCCAUCCACCCAGUGAGCAUGAAUAAUACCAACCAUCUUGUAAAUAGUGACAAUGUGGGCUAUGCAGCUUACCUUUUUGAACAAGAGAAGAACAAAGGAUAUCUACCUGGAGAGGGACCUUAUGUAGCAGCUUUUGCUUCAUCAAACCUAGGAGAUGUGUCCCCCAAUAUUCUUGGUCCACAUUGUGUCGACACAGGAGAAUCUUGUGAUAACGCCAAUAGCUCUUGUCCCCUUGGUGGGCCCAACAUGUGCAUGGCCAUGGGACCUGGACAAGACAUGCUGGACAGCACACAGAUCAUAGGACAGAUCUUAUUUCAGAAAGCCAAGGACUUAUAUGCCUUCGCAACCCAGGAAGUGACUGGACCCCUGGCUUCAGCUCAUCAGUGGGUGAAUAUGACAGAUGUCACUGUCAUUCUCAAUUCCACACACACAGCAAAAACAUGUAAACCAGCGUUGGGCUACAGUUUUGCAGCUGGCACUAUUGACGGAGUUGGAGGCCUCAAUUUUACACAAGGGAUGACUGAAGGAAUUCCAUUUUGGGAAACUAUUCGAGAUCAAAUCCUGGGCAAGCCAUCUGAAGAAAUCAAAGAAUGUCAUAAACCAAAGCCAAUCCUUCUUCACACUGGUGAGCUGUCAUACCCUAAUCCCUGGCACCCAGAUAUUGUUGAUGUUCAAAUUAUUACUAUUGGAUCCUUGGCCAUAACUGCCAUUCCUGGGGAACUUACGACCAUGUCUGGGCGAAGACUUCGGGAGGCAGUUCAAGCAGAAUUUGCAUCCAAUGGGAGGCAGAAUAUGACUGUUGUUAUUUCUGGUCUAUGCAAUGUUUACACACACUAUGUUGCUACCUAUGAAGAAUAUCAGGCUCAGCGAUAUGAAGCGGCAUCUACCAUUUACGGACCCCAUACUCUGUCUGCUUACAUCCAGCUCUUCAGAGUCCUUGCUAAAGCCAUUGCUACAGAUACAGUAGCCAACCUGAGCAGCGGUCCAGAGCCUCCAUUUUUCAAACAACUGUUGAUCUCAUUAAUUCCUAAUGCUGUGGAUAAUGCACCAAUAGGCAAAAAUUUUGGGGAUGUCCUGAUGCCAGUGAAACCUAAAUAUAAAGUGGGAGAAGUUGCUGAAAUUACAUUUGUAGGGGCUAACCCAAAGAAUUCAGCAGAAAACCGGACCCAUCCAACCUUUCUCACUGUGGAGAAAUAUGAGGCCACUUCAGAAACAUGGCAGAUAGUGCAUAAUGAUGCCUCCUGGGAGACUCGUUUCUAUUGGCACAAGGGACUUUUAGGUCACAGCAAUGCAACAAUACAAUGGCAUAUCCCACGGACCGCCCAGCCUGGAAUCUACAGAAUAAGAUACUUUGGGCACAGUCGAAAGCAGCAAUUACUCAAACCCAUCAUACUUCCAUUUGAAAGCUCUUCUUCUACUUUUGAAGUUACAACAACUUGGUAAAAUGUUGACAGGUCAUUAGAAGAACAGCUGCACUCUUUUUUUACAUUAUUGAUUUUACAUGAAUGUGAGCAUUUUGUUGACUUCUACAUUUGUCCCUGUUUGGGACAGAUAGUUUACUGCUAUGGGACAGAAGUGGGGUAUAUGUAAGUGUGUGUGAGUGUGCACCAGUGUCCCAUUUAUUUUGCUCUAGCAGUUUUGUAUCUGCUGGUAAAAUCCUGUGACUUUUUAAGGGACAGUUCCCUUUCAUGUGAAAUUUUCUGAAAUGGAGUAAUUGAAGAUGUGUUAACAAUGUUUAAUCUGUAUAUUGAUGGAAUUACUGAAUGUUUGAAAAAGUUUGAAGAUAUCACUUAAUUUGAUCUUUUUCUUUUCACAGACGAGAAA